AUGUUUGGCUCUUCUAAUCCUUUUGGACAGUCGCCUAGCAGCAAUCCAUUUGGGACGCAAACGCAACCUGCGUUUGGUCAAGCCAAUAACGCGACUAGCAAUCUCUUUGGACAGCCAUCUAACAGCAGUCCAUUUGGGACUCAGACUCAGCCUGCGUUUGGCCAGGCCAAUAGCGCGACUAGUAAUCUCUUUGGACAGCCGUCUGGCAGCAGCAGUCCGUUUGGGACUCAGACUCAGCCUGCGUUUGGUCAGACCAAUAACGCUAGUCCUUUUGGCGCACAGAGUUCAACCGGUAUGUUUGGAGGCACUGCAACCGGUAUGUUUGGUGCUCCUCAAGCUUCCUCUCCCUUUGGUGCUUCAUCACAAGGGUUUGGGAGCUCUACUACGGCCUUUGGAGCAUCUUCUGCUCCUGCGUUUGGCAAUUCGUCUUCAACUUUUGGUGGGACUUCUACUUUUGGACAGAAACCUUUUGGCUUAUCAACGCCUCAGGCAAAUCCUUUCGGAAGCAACACACAGCAAUCACAGCCUGCGUUUGGAAACAGCACUUUUGGUGCCUCUAGCACGCCUGCUUUUGGUACUACGAACACAACUGCCUUUGGUACCCCAAGCACAAAUCCGUUCGGUGCCACUAGCUCACCUGCAUUUGGCACCUCACCAACUCCAGCAUUUGGUAACUCUGGCAAUGCAUUUGGCAACAAUGCCUUUGGUUCUGGAAAUGCUUUUGGAGCAUCAAGCACUCCUGCGUUUGGUGCACAACAAAGCAGUCCUGCGUUUGGAGUACAACAAAGCACUCCUGCUUUUGGAGCACCGAGCACCCCAUCAUUCAGCUUUGGCUCCUCUCCAGCUUUUGGACAGAAUAACUCACCAUUUGCUAGUGGUUCUACACAAUCUCCCUUUGGAAACCAAGGUGGUCAGACAAAUUCUGGGGGUCAACAAGGGGGUAGUAGGGUAAUGCCUUAUGCAUCUACAGCUGACACAGAUGGCAGUGGCACUAAGCUACUAUCUUUAUCUGCCAUGACUGUGUACAAAGAUAAAUGCCAUGAGGAGCUUAGAUGGGAAGACCACCAGCGAGGAGAUAAAGGUGGACAAGCUCCUGCUAGUGUACCAAAUUCUCAGUCAAGUUUAUUCUCUCAGCCAACAUCGUUUAACCAGCCAUCUGCGAAUACAACAAACCCCUUUGGAAACCCAGGAGCCACAACGAACCCCUUUGGAAACCCAGGAGCCACAACGAACCCCUUUGGAAACCCAGGAGCCACAACGAACCCCUUUGGAAACUCAGGAGCCACAAACCCUUUCGCACAGAAGACUCCAACUAAUAAUACCCCGAGUUUCUCCUCUCCCUUUAGCCAACCCACUAACACAUCCCCUUUUGGAACAGCAUCAACAAAUGCCACAUCCGUUUUUGGACCAACAAACACAACACAGCCGUUUGGUACAUCGAGCAAUCUUGGAUUUAACUCUUCUCCAUCACUCUUUAGUUCACCAGCUCCUGCACAGGGGUCAAAUUCAGCAUUCAACAUGGGUGGAAACUUUAACAACAGUCAGUCAGCUCCGCUGUUUAACUCAACCCCCUCACUUGCGCAGACUGGUUCUGCGUUUAGUUCACCGUUUGCACAGAACACCACUCCUGUGUUUCCCCAACCUAACACUUUCAGUACACCUUCCACUGGAUUCUCAAACAUGUUUUCAAGCUCCUCAUCCUUGACUACAAACACAUCUCCCUUCAGUCAACCAACGCCUGGUGUUUUGCAACCCAACCAAUCGACUCAGCAAACUCAACCAUCAGGUGGUGCUUUUAGUUUCAACACAACUCAGCAAACUCAACCAUCAGGUGGUGCUUUUAGUUUCAGCAACUUGGGCCAAACGCAAGCAGCCAAUACAAAUGGCUUAGCAGGUGGACUGGGAACUUUUAGCCAAGGCAACUUUGCGCAAACGCCUCCGUUGGGUAACUCUGCCGUUGUGCAACAAAACCCUAUCGCAAACCCGUUUGGAACUCUUCCUGUUUUGCCUCAGAUGUCACUUUCUCAAGGUGGAAACUCGCCUUCGAUUCAGUAUGGAAUCUCCAGCAUGCCUGUUGUUGAUAAAUCCGCUCCUGUGAGAGUAUCACCACUUUUGACUUCUCGACACCUUUUACAAAGACGUGUCAAGCAGCUACCUGCAAGAAAGUACCGUCCUGGCGAUGAUAGUCCAAAGGUUCCAUUCUUCAGUGAUGAAGAGAACUCCAACACGCCAAAAGCUGAUGCGUUUUUCGUUCCAAGAGAAAACCCUAGAGCUUUGUUCAUACGCCCAGUUGAUAAGGAGAAAUCAACACCGUCAAAGGAUCGCCCGACUCCUCUGCAAGAGAAUGGUAAGACUUCGGAUGAGGUUACUACUAAUGGAGACAACCAUGAGAGUAACGGUGAAACUCGUGAAGCUCCUCCUCCAGUCAAAGCCAAUCAGAAACAGAACAAAAACGGUGGAAACAGUUCUUCACCAAGUGUAGCAGAGGUCGAGUCAGUGAUGCCGAAGCUGCACCACGCCGAGUAUUUCACAGAGCCUCGGAUCCAAGAGCUAUCCGCAAAGGAAAAGGUGAAUCCUGGUUACUGCGGGCGAGUGAAGGACUUUGUGGUUGGGAGACACGGUUACGGGAGCAUAAGGUUUCUAGGAGAGACGGACGUGCGUAAGCUCGACUUGGAAAUGCUGGUUCAGUUCAAUAACCGGGAGGUGAUUGUGUACAUGGACGAGAGCAAGAAGCCGCCGGUUGGUGAAGGGUUGAAUAAGCCUGCGGAAGUGACUCUGCUGAACAUCAAGUGUGUUGAUAAGAAGAGUGGGAAGCAAGUGAAGGAAGGUCCGAGAGUGGAGAAGUAUAAGGAGAUGCUUAAGAGGAAAGCUGAAGAACAAGGAGCCAAGUUUGUUUCGUUUGAUGCUGUUAAUGGCGAGUGGAAGUUUAGGGUCGAACAUUUUUAG